AUGGCCGAAAGAUUGGGAUCCUCCUCCAUGGUUCUGGAGAACGUAUGGGCCUCUUUCCUUGCACACGAAAUUCCUUACCCAAAUUCACAACUUCAAGGCAGCGCUUGUAUCACUUCUCCUCCCGCAUUAACAACAAAUUCCCUGGCACAAUUUCACUGCGACUCGACUUUCGGGGACUCCAAUCUGAGCAACUGUAACGAUGAUGGUUUGUGUAAGACGCUGAAAGAAUCCGAUUUCACCGAUGUUCUAGAAAGGCAUGUGAGCCUGAGGCGAUGGCUGUCUGUCAACUGCGAAGCUCUUGACCUGGUCAAAGUGAAGAACCAGUCGGAGGAGGGGCACUGUGCGGAACAAGAGAGCACCAAAAAAAGACGGCUUGGUGGUUCAGGGGCGACCGAGAAGCGGUACAGAGGUGUUCGGCGACGGCCGUGGGGAAAGUACGCAGCAGAAUUUGGCUUGGCACGUUUCUGA